CAAUGUUGAGUACAAAAAAUCAAAUUCAUAGAAAAACUGUAUCAAAUGCCAAAAGCAAUGAAAAUCAUAAAAAAAGUUGUAACUAAUAUUAAUUAAGACAAUCCAAUAUUCAAAUAGCAUAAUAAUUAUCAUGUUUGCAAAUGCUAAAAAUAUUAGUAUCAGGAUCUUCUAAAUCUCUUAAUAAGAAUACUUUAAAGACAAGAAUACGAACAGAAGGAAAUGAAAAGCAAUUUAAAGUUCAUACUUCUGCAUCUCCAACAAAAGAUAAAGAAUAAUCAGCAUCACCUCCCUAAAGAAACACAAAUUCUUAAGUUGAUGUAAUCACAAACCUAUUAAAUUCAAAUAUGAAUCAUACUGAAUAUAAACGAAUAUCUAGAGAUUAAAGAAAUCAAAGCGCGGAUUUUCAAUAAUUAUUAGUAUAAUAAUAACAAAAAUAGGAAAAUCGUCUAUUGAAAAAUAAUGGUAAAAAGAAGUUUAAUUCUUAUGGCAAUUUAAAUGAUUAAGUGUAUUUUUCUUAAAGAGGAGGAUUAACUGAAUGUUAAUCAGCAGAUCAUCUUGUAUAAAAUAAUCCUUAGUAAAAAUUAAUGAAUUCCAAAGGUUCAUAUUCAAUGAAACAUUUUCCAUCUCCUAUGAAUAUCUAUUCACAAUAAAUUACUUUAUAAGAAUUUAAAAACAAAUUAAGCAAUUUAAGUAAAGAUAUAAAAUAAAACAAAAAUCAAGUUGAAGAGGAAUUAUAGAAAACUUUAAAAAAGAAAUAAAAUCUUUAUGAUUAAUAUGAUUAAGAAGAUAGUUAAAAGUAAUUCAGAUAAGAAAUUUCUUAAAGAAGUAAAUCAGUUGAUUCUUCUUCUUCUAGAUCUCGAUUAGAAAAUUCAAAAUAUUCAAAGGAUUUUAUAAAUUAACAUAAAGUAAAUCAUCAACAAAAAAACAUUUAGGGAGAUUUUAUAUACAAAACUUAAAGUUAUUUAAAUUAAAAAAAGUUAGAAAGCAAAAUUGAUUAAUUAGUAUUUCAAGUAUAAAUAUUAAAGAAAAAAUCUGAAGAAUUAGAAUAAUAAAAUAGAUUUCUAUUUGAUAAUUUAACAAAAUUUUAGAAGGAAUCAGAUUGUAAUACUGAUGUAAUAAAAUAUUUUUAAAUUUAAUAGGAACGAAAUUUACUUAUGAAUAAAUUAGAUUAGAUGAUAGGAAUGUAAAAAAGAUAAGAAGAGAAUCUUAAUUUUUUUAAAUAGAUAUUUGCUAAAGGUUAUGAUUAAUCUCGAAGAAUAAAAACAGAAUAAUAAUAAUAAUAAAAAGAAGAGGAUAAUUAAAAAAUAAAUUAAAAAACAGAAAUAUUAUCUAAAUAAAGACCAUUUGUCAAGUCAGCUUAUCAAGGACUUGAUUUUAAUGUUUGA